GGGCUUUUGAGUACCUAGUCUGAGUUUCCGGGAGCGGCCCUUAGCAAGGCACCAUCCGGAAGUGUCCGUGUUGUGGCGGAAGGAGGCGCUUUCUGGGAGCAGCAGGUUCUGAAGGAAGCGUGCCUGGCAAAGAUGAUUCAGGCGAUUCUGGUUUUCAACAACCAUGGGAAGCCGCGGCUGGUCCGCUUCUACCAGCGUUUCCCAGAAGAAAUUCAACAGCAGAUUGUUCGAGAGACUUUCCAUUUGGUCCUCAAGCGAGAUGACAACAUCUGUAACUUCUUGGAGGGUGGAAGUUUGAUUGGUGGCUCUGACUACAAACUGAUUUACCGGCACUAUGCUACCCUCUACUUUGUAUUUUGUGUGGAUUCAUCAGAGAGUGAACUUGGGAUCUUGGACCUCAUUCAGGUUUUUGUAGAGACUCUGGAUAAGUGUUUUGAAAAUGUAUGUGAAUUGGAUUUGAUCUUCCAUAUGGAUAAGGUGCACUACAUCCUCCAAGAGGUGGUGAUGGGUGGGAUGGUAUUGGAAACAAACAUGAAUGAAAUUGUGGCUCAGAUUGAAGCUCAAAACAGGCUGGAGAAAUCAGAGGGUGGCCUUUCAGCAGCACCUGCACGGGCUGUGUCGGCUGUGAAGAACAUCAACCUGCCUGAGAUCCCACGGAACAUUAACAUUGGUGAUCUCAACAUCAAAGUCCCCAACCUGUCCCAGUUUGUCUGAGGGUGGAGGGUUGGGCUGAAUUGGAGUCCUUAAGACAAGCAAAACCAUUUAAGUCCGGAAACCACCCAUUUUGAGCCUUAGAAGAGUCAAGCCUCAGGACCUUGAACCUUUCUGUCUGGGAAGACCGUUUGGAGUGAGGAAGGGAUUCAGAUGCCACUGCAUGGUGUGCUCAGUUCUCACACUUGGCAGUCAUGCCACUGAUAUACAUGGCCACUGGAGACGUGAGUGGGGAGUCAGCGUGGCGCAGUUUAUCUCCUGUACACAGCUGCUCCCAGGGACUGAGGACUGUGGAUCGAGCCCACCGUGUCCCAGUGCUUUCUCUGACUAAAAUCAUCUUCCUUAGCACCACAGGCUUCUGAGGUCCCCUGGCACUUACUUGUGACAAAACACCUUAAGGAAGACAACCAGCCCUUCAGACCUGGGGAUGUGGCGAAUGACAAGUAAGGACAGGGUUUAUGAGAACCACAGAUACCUGCUGGCUCUCCUGGUUGUACCCAGAAUCCUUUUGUAUAGCCAAGCUUUCUGGUCACCAUCUCCUGCCAAAUACAUCCUUUAUGUCCCCAGUUCUGUUCUCACAGGUGUUUAUGUGCAGGACAGAGUCUAAAUCAUAAGCCUGGUGCAUUUCACCAUACGUCUGCCGGUAGGGAAGAUAACUCUUACCACAGUUCGAGAGGUCCUUCUCCCAGAGAAGAGGCUCUGUCUCUGUUGGAGAUGAAAACUGCCAGUGUGUGGAACAAACCAGAAUUAUGAUGCUUCCCAAGUUUAAAACACAUUUCCUUUCUCAGAGCAGAGGGUCCAGUUGCUGUGUUGUGAAUGAUGAGUCCCCCCCAUAAGUAGGAGACCCACUGCCACCGGUGCCAGCUUCUGGAACAUGAGAGCUGGGGCUCCUUGCAGGGUCCAGACCAGGAGCACGCUGGUGAGGACUGGAGCAGGGCUACAUCUUCUCCCUCCCUGAGCUUGACUUUGGAUGCUCCCAGUUCCCUCAGGUGACGGUCUCCCAGGGCUUUGGAGGCCUAUAAAUGUUUACAUGUGCCUAGAGUCUUUCUUCCUGUAGCUAAUUUGAAGCUAAAACUGCUGCUCAUAGUAGGGCCUCAUACUCCACACUGUCCCACUGGCCAGGUCUCAGGGAUGCUGUGAGCUGCCUUGAGAUUAGGUAGCUGACUGCCCUUUCACAGAAGUCUCCCAGCCUGGGGACCCAAACUGGUUCCUCAGGCCUCCUGACGCAAUUGCAGAGCAGGCCUGAGAUGGUGCCCAUCAGGACCCUGUGUCAGGGCCACAUCAUUUUUCUUUUUUGAACAGCACUUCCCAUGGUUUGUGCCCAUUUCUCUCUGCAGCUUUCUGUCCUAACUCCUUCAGUAUCUCUGUAGUAAUCUCAGAGACAGGCAGCUGGCCAGAAGGUGGGCCUCUGGUAGGUAUGGGAAAAGGGAGAGUAGAUGAAUCAAUCUGAUGCCAGAACCUCUCGUACCAUUCCCCUAAAGGGUUUGAUUUUUUUUUUUUUUUUUUCCGGUAGACAUUUCAGCACAUUGGUAUCCUUUCAUGUUUGCUGAGCGUGAACUAGGAAUAAAAGAAGGCAACUGAUGCCAUGCGCGGUGGCGCACACCUGUAAUCCCAGCAGCUCAGGAGGCUGAGGCAGGAGGAUUGCAAGUUCAAAGCCAGCCUCAACAACUUAGCAAGGCGCUGAGCAACUCAGUGAGACCCUGUCUCUAAAUAAAAUACCAAAAAGGGCUGGGGAUGGGGCUCAGUGGUCGAAUGCCCCUGAGUUCAGUCUCUGGUGCAGAAAAAAAAAAAAGACAACUGAUAUUUACUCUGCACCUGCUAGCACCUACUAGAAGGUGAAAUAAGCAAGAU